UAUUCCUUUUGAGCAAAAAAAAGAGCAAGAUUUAAUACAAGAGAUUUCAAUAUCCAUUAAAGAUCAGAAUGAUAUAACUAGAAUUUUACAGAACAAUAUUUAUCAAAAUCAUAUAACUGAA